CUUUCUGCCUGUAGUUCGAUCCAUCGAUGCCUUGGAUUCUGUGAUUGCUAGAAAUCAGAAAUUGGCUGCUUUAUCAACACUUUUACCCUACCCACUGCAACCGUAGUUAUUUGUAAUACUUCUUAAGAAAUGUGGAGGCUAGAAUUCAGGAAAACAAGCUAAACAACGAUUUCAGCUGGAUCUUAAAGUCAGCAAUAAAGCCUAUCUCCUAAAAGGUAACAGUCCCUGAGGCCUCGUCACUAUCAUGGUGGACAUUUCUGUGAAGAGCGGAGCUGCCUGGGUCUGUCAUGCUCAGGGACAUCACUUGGCUGAUAUCCUGCUUCCUGUUCAUCUGAGUAACAACAACGAUCAUGAAGAGGAGCUCAGCCAGUCAGAGGGUGACAAGACAAACUGGGGGCCCCCAGUGUUGUUGGAGCAGACAGAGGAAGGGUCUCCUUGUGUCCUGAUGCUCAACGUCAACCCCUGCUCCCCCACUGCCAUCAGCCGUAUACUGGUCAUCAGCGAGGCUCGAACCAUGGAGGUAUACGACCAGACGGGAGAAUACUGCGGUACAGUACGCGGGGAGCGGGAGGACAGCAUCCAGCCAGACAGUUCAGACAGAGGGCCUUUCUGCAAGAAACAGCUGAUCCUCGAGCAUCCGUCCUCAUCCUGUGAAGUGAAGCUGCUCUCCCUGGGCGGUAGAAGCAGUGUUCUGGUGUGUCGGGUCAUCGUGGCCCUUCAGACCCUGGAGCCCUGCGCGUCCCGGGGCCCCGGCAUCGACAUGCAGCAGGUGCAGUGUCUGGUGGAGGAGAUGGGAACGAGCCUCUCUCCAGGAGCACAGAACCUCAUGGAGAUGGUGCACUUCCAGCAGAAGAACCAGACCAGCUCUCUGUGCGGCUUCCUGCCUCUCCUGAUGGGCGGUGGACUUUUCUCUGACCUGUCUCAGAGAGCCAACAUCCCCCCAACACCCCCUAGAAACCAGCCCCACCCUGAGGACUCCAGGCCUCCAGUCGGCUCCACCAGGCCUGCAGGUGAAGCUCCACCGGCUCAGAACGGAGCCAUGUCAGACGGAUCCUCCACCCUCUCCCCAGACCUGCAGGUCAUCACCCAGAAUAUAAUGAGCAGCGGGGGCCGAGGCCCGGUGAGCCACAGCCAGCUGGCGGAGAUAAUGUCUCACUUGAUGAAAGGGCAGGAGCGCGGUGAGGGCCCCAGCCCCGAGCUUCGGCCAUUGCUCCAGGGUCUCUGUGGUCAGGUGACCAAGCUGAGGCUGGAUGACGCUGCAGCACUGGCAGAGAAGGAGAAGAUGAUGAGAAAUGGCUCAUGGUGA